CAGCAAGGUCGCUGAGCAAUCGAGCUGGCGUCUUUUCUUGGUCCACUCACAAACCAAACAUGUUUCUUAAGUUUUUUUAUCUCUUUCCUUGUGCAGUGUUUUCACACAAAGAAGUAUCAGCUUCGUCACAACUCGUACAGCUGUGAAAACUUUCAUUUUAGACAAAAGUAUGCGACACUCACAAACCACGAAACUGAAGUGUUCACUGAUGGUGGCGUGUCUACGGGACAUACACGUAACCAUUUGCGUGUAACUCACUUUACGCAACGAGUGGUGCAAGCCAGGGAACUAGGUGUAAGAAACGUUGACGGUGCUGUGAUACGACGGCCAUUGUGAAUGCAUUGUGAAAUGUUUUGACGUGCCUUAUCUUGACGUGAGGCGACUGCUCGUGUGAAUUGGCCUUCAUCGUUGAUACUUCCUCAUUCCUAACACUAUAUUCCGUCAUGUGUAUCACGGAUCGUCUCUCAUAAUCUCACUUUCACUAGUACUAGGAUAACCGAAUUUACGUAACGUGACGUCCAGCGUCAAUACACCCUAAAGUUGACGUGACAUGACGUUGGUUGUUGCAUGCGUGCGUUCUAUCCACUAAUAGUGCAAAGCAUGCGCAUAUAUAUCUGUGCGUCUGCGACUGCGCACGAGAGAGAGGCGUCGUGUGGACCUACAGAACUUAGCUGCCCAUUAUUAUACUGGGGCGAUUAAAGUAUUGUUGUGCCGUGAAAUACAAUGAAUGCAAUAGUUAGUGUGUGUAGAUCUGCAGUACCUCGGAAUUUAUCGGUUCAGUACGAGAGUAUACGUAUGGCACGGAGGAAACCUAGACAUUUACCUAUGGCAAAAAGCAAAAUGUUUCGAGUGCCAGAAAGAAAACGGCUUCCCGAAGAAGAAAAUUCAGAACUAUUGCGACUGCAUAACAAUUACAAGACUUACAUUAAGAGUAUUCGAGCUUUCCUGAAAGAAGAACUAGAAAAAUCAGCAUCGGCUAGUGAGCAAGCUCAGGAGGAGCUAAGAAGAGAGAGAGAGCAGCAUGUUUUAUGUAUGAAGGAAAAUGAUGCCUGGAAUGUAGAAGUAGCAAAACUGCGGGCAGUUCGACUAGCAAAACAGGAGCUGGCUGAGAAAGAAGCAAUUCUUGAUGCUAUCAUAAAACAUGAGCAGCAAGAAAAAGAAUACUUGGAGAAAGUAGAAGACAUUGUUUCCAAAGAAAAGGAAAGAUCUAAACACUACAUCACUCCUGAAAAUAUUGAUGAAGCCAUAGAGAAGGCCCUAGACAAUGAAGUUGACUACAAUUUUUCGUUGGAUGUUGAUGGUACUGUGUAUCAUGGUAGAAUGACAAAGCCUGACAUUGCAAAGGAGACUGGGGAAAAGAUGGUAGUUAGCAGUAGAUCUUGAUAAUGAUCCAAAAUGUUGUUGGUGCUUUGUAUAUAGUUUUAAAUAAUGUACUUGGACACACUAUUUUUCUCUGUCUGAUGGAACAUUAAAGCAAUCACUGUGCAUGCAGAGUAGUAAGAUUGCUCUGCAAGGAAAAAAAAAUAUAGUUUGUUCAGUUUUUUGUAGUAUUAGCACCAAAGAAGUUGUACAAAUUAUCCUAUGCUAAUUUUAUGGCAGUAUUUAAGGUGAAAAAUGUAUUGUUAUUUUAAGUCUUCCAUAAACUGUAUCAGGUAAACGUAUAAUACCUCCGUCAGCACAUUCAGUGUUGCAGUAAAUAGGAGUGUGUGUGUGUGUGUGUGUGUGUGUGUGUGUGUGUGUGUGUGUGUCCUUCGAGGCUAUUGCUGAUUUUGUCUGUCCACUUUCUAUCACAUGCUUUGAGAAAAUGCUUGUUCAAUUGUAUGUCACUCUUUCUUAUAUAAAAAACAAAUUGUGCUGACUUAACGUGUAUUAUACCAUACUUUGUACUGGUAUGUGCUACGAAGAGCAAUGCAGCUGCAUUGAAUAUUAUAGAAUACAAUAUGAAAAUAGUUAGGUUAUUUCCUUGUAAGAGAAAAUACUGGAAUUGAAAUCAGCAUUUUACAUAUCUUUUGUGCACAUAAUUUUCUUAGGAAAUAAGUUCACACUGAAGAGUGAAAAAUAAAAGAACAGAAACUUA